UUUUUAUUUCUAGGUUUUGUCCUUAAUGGACUCAACAGCGUUAAUGCCACUUCCUUAGAGAGACGGUUUGGGCUGAGUAGUUCCAACAUUGGCAUGAUAGCCAGCGUCUACGACAUAUCGGCAGCCAUAUUUGGAGUACUCAUCAGUUACUUGUGUUCCAGAGGACACAAACCACGAUGUUUAGGAAUCUCUAUCUUGGUGAUGGGCCUUGGUUCCUUAGUAAUGGCUCUUCCACAUUUUACCACUGAUCGUUACAAAAUGGGAUCGGAAAAUGUGCUAGACCAAAGUGUCUGCCUAACAGGUAAUAACACACAUUGUAGAGCUAACACUAACGGAAGCAGGUUGUCAUGGUACCUGUAUAUUUUCCUCAUUGGUCAAAUCCUCAAUGGAGUUGGUGGAGCAACCUUAUACACGGUCGGCUUCGCCUGUAUUGAUGACAAUGUCUCUCACAAACGCUCUCCUGUAUAUAUUUCUAUAUUGUUGUGCCUUACGAUGGUCGGUGUUGCCGUUGGUUACACAGCUGGUGGGAAGCUUCUAGAUUACCAUGUUGAUUUCCUGUUCAUCGAUUCAAACCGGAUUAACACGGAUCCAAAGAAUCCACGCUGGGUAGGUGCCUGGUGGGUUGGCUAUUUAGGUGGCGGCCUUAUUGCCAUAAUAAUGGGCCCCUUCUUGCUACUCUACCCAAAGAAACUACCCGGUAAGCGUAUAUCAUUUGAAUUUUGA